UCUUGCACACCAGACUGUUGUUGAUUGUGUGCGCUUUGAUCUGGGUGCAUCUGACAUGCAAUGUGUACUUUCUUUCUUUCUUUCUUGUUAAGGCAGGCGUGAACUUGUAGAGAGAUAUGCUGCAUGAUUCACACCUAUGCUGAGUCAAAAGAGCUCCAGUAUUCUGCACAGACAGUGAAGCACAGAGUCAACCAUUGUUUUGCUGAGCACACUGAACACAUUUAAAGGAGAAGAGAGAGAGAGAGAGAGAGAGAGAGGGGGUGGCCUGCCUAAUGGCAGAGAGCUGGAUGUCCCAGUGAGGUCAGGUUGGACGGAAGGUCAUGGGGUCAUUUACGUUGGGGAAAGCUGCUUCUCUGGAGCUACUGCUGGAAGCCUGCAUUCGUGCGUUUGAUGAUGAAGGAGAGCUGCAUGAAAAUCAGCUUCCCCGGACCCUUCUGCUGAUGCAUCGCUGGUAUGUGUCCUCCACCGAGCUCGCUGGGAAGCUUCUGCUUAUGUAUCGUGACUGUCGGGGAGAUGACUGCCAGCGGACACGACUGAAGAUCUGCUAUUUAAUGAGGUACUGGAUAGCUGAAUUCCCUGCAGAGUUUGAUCUGGAUCUGGGUUUGAUCCGUCUUACAGAAGAAUUUCGAGAUGCAGCUGCUCAGCUGGGUGGUGACGAGCACAUUAAACUACUUGACAUUUCUACAAUCCCCUCAUAUGACUGGAUGCGUAAACUGACUCAGCGAAAGAAACAGGUGAAGAAGGGUAAAGCGUCGCUGCUGUUUGAUCAUCUGGAACCCAUUGAGUUGGCCGAACACCUCACCUUCUUAGAGUACAAGUCCAUCAGGAGGAUUUCGUUCACGGAUUACCAGAGUUACGUAAUCCAUGGCUGUCUAGUGGAUAACCCUACAUUAGAGCGCUCUAUCGCUCUGUUUAAUGGGAUCUCCCAGUGGGUUCAGCUGAUGGUUCUCAGUAAACUCACCCCUCAGCACAGAGCAGAGGUCAUCAACAAAUACAUCCAUGUUGCACAGAAACUGCUCCACCUGCAGAACUUUAACACCCUGAUGGCUGUGGUCGGGGGUCUGAGUCACAGCUCUAUUUCCCGCUUGAAGGAAACUCAUUCUCACCUCAGCCCAGAGGUCACCAAGAUCUGGAAUGAAAUGACAGAGCUGGUUUCGUCAAAAGGCAAUUACUGUGCUUACCGCAAAGCCUUUAGUGAAAGCGAAGGGUUUAAGAUCCCAAUCCUAGGUGUUCACCUGAAAGACCUGAUCGCCGUGCACGUGGUCUUCCCGGACUGGGUGGGGGAUGGGAAAGUGAACAUCGUGAAGAUGCAUCAGCUGUAUCUCACCUUUAAUGAGCUGGUGUCCCUGCAGAGCGCUGUGGCUCAGGUGGAGCCCAACAUGGACUUGAUCUACCUGCUCACUCUGUCCUUGGAUCUGUACUACACAGAGGAUGAAAUAUACGAGCUGUCUCUGCUUCGAGAACCCCGUAACCCCAAAUCUCAGCCCACAUCCCCCACGACGCCCAACAAACCUCUGGCUCCAUUGGACUGGGCCUCUGGGGUCACCACCAAACCAGAUCCCUCGGUGGUGAACAAACACAUCAGGAAAGUUGUGGAUUCUGUCUUUCGUAACUAUGACCACGACCAUGACGGAUACAUAUCUCAGGAAGACUUUGAGAGCAUCGCUGCAAAUUUCCCUUUCCUCGAUUCCUUCUGCGUGCUUGAUAAAGACCAGGAUGGAUUGAUCAGUAAGGAUGAGAUGAUGGCAUAUUUCCUGCGUGCCAACCCGCUGCUGCAGUGUAAGAUGGGGCCUGGAUUUAUUCACAACUUCCAGGAGAUGACUUACCUGAAGCCAACAUUCUGUGAACACUGCGCUGGAUUUCUCUGGGGAAUUAUUAAACAAGGAUACAAGUGCAAAGAUUGUGGUGUGAACUGCCAUAAACAGUGUCGUGAGCUACUGGUUUUGGCCUGUCGACGUCUCCCUCGGUCCACAUCACUAGGCAAUGUGUCUCCUGGAGUGCUCACACACAGCUCUUUACCCAGCAGCCCCAACCUGCCCACCUGUAAAGAUGAUGAUGAUGAGGUGUUUACGUUCCAUGCUGUGUCACCAUCGUCCAGCUCCGACCUGGAGGGAAAGUCCAUCACGCUGAUGACCGGUUCAGCUCAGCGCAUCUCAGUGCGGCUCCAGAGAGCCACCACCAGUCAGGCCACGCAGACAGAACCCCUGUGGUCCGAAAACGGCUGGGUGGCCGUUGCAGACAGCGGGUCACACACCUUCCCCAAGAUGAGGUACAGGCCGCACCGCAAAGUAUCCAAAAGCAAAGGCUUUGCUCGCUGGGAGAACGACACACAGAGUUCGGCAGCGACGAGGAACAGCCGGAGCUCGCAUGACCACAGCGAAGACUCACGGCAGAAUGGACUUGCAGAACAACAUAUGAAUAGAAUUAGGACCUCUGAGAUCAGCUGACUUGACUGCUCUGUGGGCCCAUGCAGGACACCCUGGAGCCUGUCAGGACCACGGCCCAGAGGGCUGUCCGCUCUAGGGGGCGUGCUGGGCUGUCUCAUGCCUCCAGUGGAUCAGAAUUAGGGCCACUAUUUCUACAGCCACAGUAAAAGAGGUGCGUCAGGCAACCCGCGGACUGAACUGGGGGAAGGGUUGCAUCAAAGGAAAGGCCUAAACAGACUAAGCAGAGAGUGACUGCACUGUGCUGUUCUGUAACAGACAGGUUGGAAACCUGAAAGAAUCACUGGAAGCUGACGUGACGGAUACAUCAGCGUGAUAAUAGAUGUCUGAGCAAGAGUAUUCAAGGUUAUGCCGUUGACGUGUUUUCGACGCACACUCUGAUUUUCUUUCUCCAAAAACACUAAUCAGAAAGACACGCUGGAUGUGAAAAUUAUAUUCAGGAUGUCUAAAGUCAUAAGUGGAACUGGCACAUAUGAAGAUAAAUGCAUGUAUGACAGAACAUUAAAACACUAACUUCAUUUAUGUGUUACCCAGCAACACAUUAUUAUCUGAAGUGGAAGGUACAUUGAGUUUUAAAACCCUUUACCCCAAAUAUAAUUAUAAAUCCACCUUCACUCUUAAAAAAAAAAGAUUAUUUCUCCAAUGUUUUGCAACAUAGUUGUGUCUCCUGUGCUUGAGAAAAGGUAGACAAGAGUCCACCUCUGACCUUAUGCAUCAUUACAUCAACACUGCUUAACAACAUUGUUAGCUAUGUAUCUAUAUGAAUUCAAAGUCUUCAAUUCUGCCGACACAGGUGUGCCAUCGACCAGGUGUUUAUAUGGCCUCUGUUGCUAAGCGCCAGAUGAGUCCAUCGAUAGUCUGUCGCCAAGACAACACAGUGUCCUUCAACACCAUACUGUAUGUACUGAAAUAAGUCUGACACCCAUACAUCUCAGCUCAGUUAGAGCCCGACAGGCUCAGAUGGGACAAGCCUCAUAUGAUAAUUUUUGCAGACAGUGUGUGUGUGUGUGUGAGAGAGAGAGAGCGAGUCAGAAACCACAGGUGGAUCAACAGAUCAUCUAAGACAAACAGUGAUUAUAGUCGGUCUUUGAGCCUAUAGGAUUACGUAGAUGCUCUUCUGGCACCUCAAUUGCAGAUUUAAAGAGACAGUUGCCCAAAGAAUGAACAUUCUGUCAUUAUUCACUCACCCUCACGGCUUCAGUAACUAAAAUGAGUUUAUUUAUUGUGGAAAACAAAAGGAUUUUCAUACAAUGAACGAGAAUGGUGACCAUGUCUGUUAGGCAAGAUUUUCAGUGAAUAUCAGUAUAAAUUUUAAUUUAUUUCUCUCCAAAAAAUCGAUUGAAGGCUUAUGAAGACUUGGAAUGAGUCGUAUGGACAAAUAUGGUGUUUUUGUUUUGUUGUUGGUUCUCAUUCACUUUCAUUGUAUGGGAGAUAGAAUCUUGAAAGAAAACUUCACAAAAGAAAGUCAGAUUGUUAAAAACAACAUGCGAGGAAUGAAAGGUGCUUCUCAAUAAAUUAGAAUGUCGAGGAAAAGUUCAUUUAUUUCAGUAAUUCAACUCUCAAUUGUGAAACUCAUGUACUAAAUAAAUUCAAUGCACACAGAGACUGAAGAUGUCUAAGUCUUUUGUUCAUUUAAUUGUGAUGGUUUUGGCUCACAUUUAACAAAAACCCACCAAUUCAAAUUUCAACAAAUUAGAAUAUGGUGACAUGCCAAUCAGCUAAUCAACUCAAAACACCUGCAAAGGUUUUCUUGAGCUUUCUAAAAGGUCUCUGGCAAUCACUGACACCCUUCACAAGGAGCGUAAGUCACAAAAAUGUUCGCAGAGUGCUGUAUCCAAGCAUGUUAACAGAAAGUUGAGUGGAACGAAAAAGUGUGGAAGAAAAAGAUGCACAACCAACCGAGAGAACCACAGCCUUAUGAGGAUUGUCAAGCAAAAACGAUUCAAGAAUUUGAGUGAACUUCACAAGGAAUGGACUGAGGCUGGGGUCAAGAGCCACCACACACUGACGUGUCAAGGAAUUUGGCUACAGUUGUUGUAUUCCUCUUGUUAAGCCACUCCUGAACCAUAGACAACGUCAGAGGCGUCUUACCUGGGUUAAGGAGAAGUAAUGGACUGUUGCCCAGUGGUCCAGAGUCCUUUUUUCAGAUGAGCAAGUUUUGUAUUUCAUUUGGAAACCAAGGUCCUAGAGUCUUUUGAAAACCAAAGUCACUGCACCCAUUUACCAAGAAAUUUUGGAGCAUUUCAUGCUUCCUUCUGCUGACCAGCUUUUUGAAGAUGCUGAUUUCAUUUUCCAGCAGGAUUUGGCACCUGCCCACACUGCCAAAAACACCAAAAGUUGGUUAAAAGGACCAUGGUGUUGGUGUGCUUAACUGGCCAGCAAACUCACCAGACCUGAACCACACAGAUAAUCUAUGGGGUAUUGUCAAGAGGAAAAUGGGAAACAAGAGACCAAAAAAUGCAGAUGAGCUGAAGGCUACUGUCAAAGAAACCUGGGCUUCCACACCACUUCAGCAGUGCCACAAACUGAUCACCUCCAUGCCACGCCAAAAUGAGGCAGUAAUUAAAGCAAAAGGAGCCCCUACCAAGCAUUGAGUACAUGUACAGUAAAUGAACAUAAUUUCCAGAAGGCCAACAGUUCACUAAAAAAAUUUUUUAUUGGUCUUAUGAAAUAUUCUAAUUUGUUGAGAUGAAUUGGUUGAAUUGAGUGAAUUGGUGGCUUUUUGUUAAAUGUGAGCCAAAAUCACCACAUUGAAAAGAACCAAAGACUUAAACUACUUCAGUCUGUGUGCGCUGGAUUUAUUUAAUACAUGAGUUUCGCAAUUUCAGUUGAAUUACUGAAAUAAAUGAACUUUUCCUCGACAUUCUACUUUAUUGAGAAGCACCUGUAAAAGAAUACAGAAUUAAUGUUAGAUGCCAGUGGCUCAUGUUAAUGAUAUCCUGAAGCAGUUGAGAACCAUAUCUGCUAUCUGAAGCCUUGAUGUGUAGUGCUAAAAAGUGUCUGUUAUCAGAAUCAGACUAUUAUUCUAAUGCUGUGCUAAUGAUCCUGCUCUCAUCUGUUUAUGUCUGAUAGAAUGAAGCAUGUGUAUCUGUAGUGCAAGUUAGCAUUCAAAUUGUCAGAGAUCAGAAGAGAGGUGUUAAGGCAUUUGCUAAAUGUAAUUAAGUUUGCUUUGAUGUAGCAUAUCAAGCACAUAGCUAUCAACAUUGAACAUUGAAAAUAAGGGACAUUUCCCGGAAUCCAUCCCCAAAAUAAGGGAUUUUUUUUUUUACACGAUUCUUAUCCACAAACUUAAAAAAAAAAGCACUAAUCAUUAACAGUCUAAAGAGUUUAUAACUACACAAUAUAUAUUAAAGAAUGACAGACCAAUUGAUAUGUUAAAAGUGAUUUAUUUAUGAACAAGGUAAUAUUAAUAAUAAUUUAAUAUUAAUAAUAAUUUCGUGCUGAGAAACGUCGUUUUUCCCGACAACGACAAAUUUUGCAGUAGGCAUAAUUUGGACCUACAUGGCUGCUUGUCAGGUAGUGGAAGGUGGACUCCCAUUUACUCAAAUAUCGACAUAAUUUUGGUUGGCGAUUAAUUCAGUGAUUUUGGCAUUCGGCGUCCUAAUCCAUCAUCGCACAUCACACUCAUCUACUCUCUCGAAGUUCACUUCCCGCUACUUUUCCCCUCUUCCUCCCGCCCGCUGGCGCCGCUGUAACUGUCUUCUUCUUCGAUGGUGGCCUAAGCUACUGCCACCUGCUGUACUGGAGGUCAAGCAACCCAAGUGCAAGCCACUUCACAGACACAGAUAGAUGCGUGUUCUGAGUUAACCCAUAGUGUAAAAUUACGGGAUAUUUUACGGGAAAAUACUAAAACGGGAAGACAGCGGGAAAAGACCUAAAAUACGUGAGAAACCCGGAAAAAACGGGAGGGUUGACAGCUAUAAGCAUACUACUGAGAGAGAGAUCGUUCACCCCAAAAUUAAGAUUCUGUCAUCGUUUAAUGAAUUUACAACAUUUUGAGAAAUCUUUUUUUUUCUUAAUACAUUGAGAGGCAGUGAAUACCAAGAUCCUUCAAAAUAUAAUCUAUUACGUUUUUAUUUUCCAGAUGUUUGGCUUAACUAUCCCUUUAAAAUUACAAAUUUAAGCAUGACUUUCAGAGACUUAAAGUUGCAGAACCUCCUGUGGGAUAUUUUUUAUACAUCUGUUGUCUUUUGACUUAUUGAUAAGAAUUACUGCGAAAGCGUUGCAAUGAUCAUUCAAGCACAUGUUAUUUGACUUAUGAGCACCAGCAGCCAUAUUUAAUUUUUUUUAAUCUUCUGCAAACAUCUUUAAGUAAUAUAAAGUCUGCGAAAUCGAGAGAUGUAGCCUAUAUAGAAAAACUGAUGACUCUUGCCACUUCUGGGACAUCAUACAAAUGCUGACAUAUGGUUCGUGUGCAGUGAGCAGGUCAUCUCAGCAAAUCAGGGUUGCCAAUGAAAAUAAGCUUGACCCAUAAAACCGAUCAUUAAACAACAAUGGACUUUUACCAUCUUGGACUGGAAUAUUUGGAGAACAUUUAUGUUACUUUAGCUGGAAAACACAUACAAGUAUUAUAUUUACAGUAUUUAUAAUGUAUUUUUGAAGUCAAAAUAACUGGACAUAGAUAUAACUGCUUUAACUAGAAAGAGCGUGAUAAUUGAAUACGUUAUAUGCAGAAAUGUUUUAUGAUUCCUUCAUCGCACUGUUAUUCACUUGCUGUUCAUGGAAAACAUCAAUAAACACACUACCCUAAAACAGACUAAUCACAACCAUUCAAAACGUAAAAAUUCUAGUUUGUGAUUGUUUCCUAUUGACUGGCUUAAAACUGUGAUUAAGUAGAGUUGAAUGUUUAGGAUUUGCCAAAUUUGACGGGUAUAAAACAAAAAUUGCUCUCUAUCGCCCUCAAGUGGCCACUGUAUUUCUAAGCACGUCACGAUCACACUGCAUCAUAGGAAUCUGCAUAAUUUCUGUAAAUUUUUGUACUUAAUUUAAAAAGUUUUUUUUUUUUUGUCACUGUAAUGGCUGAUAUUUUAUUGCCACUAAAUUAAUGCAAGAAAAUGAGAGAAACUGUCAUCAUUUGAAAUUAAUCAGUUUUCUGUGAAUAAAAAAGGUUAAUAAAAUAAAAUACACCAAGACAGUGA